AAAACUGUGGGUCAUUUAGUCAUAGAUCUCUCUCUGUCUUCCUCUUCUCCUUAGGCUCCUCAACUAAACGUCUUUAAUGCUCUUGAAAAUUUACCGUUCAAACACUUUUUUCUUCUUCUCUAUAUAUUGAGAUUAAAAUAUAAAGUCUCCAACCACCUAGCUACCAGCAUAGAGCAGGAACAUUAAUGGUAGUGCACACCAUCUCAUGCUUCACAUACCCUAAAGCUCUUCACUCCUCUAGUUUAUGACUUAUGAGAGAUCUAGAGAGAUAAAUCAUAUAGAGAAAUAGAGAUCUACAGAGAAAAAUCCACUGUAGGGAAAGAAAACAAAACACAGUCUGUCGUUCAUAAUUGCUCUUUCUAUAAAUCUUCUCUCUUGUGUUCUUUCAUUCAUCUCUUAUAGAACCAUUCUCUCUCUCUCUCUCUCUAUUCAAACUUCAUCACUCUUUUGGGAAAUUUUCUUAUCUUUUUCACCACCUGGGCCGUCUCUAUUUCCAUCAACUUUUGUGCCAUAACGUUUUUUUCACUGAGGGAAAAGGAAUCACAAAACAUUUUUCCCGGAAAAUCAUGGAUAUAUCCACUGCUCUAAUGAUUCUUACAGCCAUCACGGCGUAUUUCUUAUGGCUCACAUUCAUAUCUCGUUGUCUUAAAGGUCCACGUGUUUGGCCUAUAUUGGGUAGUCUCCCUGGUCUCAUUGAGAACUGUGAGCGAAUGCACGACUGGAUCUCCGACAACCUCCGUGCUUGCUCCGGUACGUAUCAAACAUGCAUCUGCGCCAUUCCGUUUCUAGCCAAGAAACAAGGUCUCGUGACGGUCACUUGCGAUCCAAGAAACCUCGAGCAUAUUCUCAAGAACCGCUUUGAUAACUACCCUAAAGGUCCAACGUGGCAAGCCGUUUUCCAUGAUCUUCUCGGUCAAGGAAUCUUUAACUCCGACGGUGACACGUGGCUUUUCCAGCGUAAGACCGCCGCUUUGGAGUUCACCACGAGGACGCUCCGUCAAGCCAUGGCUCGUUGGGUUAACCGGGCGAUCAAGCUUCGGUUUUUACCUAUUCUCGAAACGUCUCGGCUCGGCUCUGAGCCGAUUGAUCUUCAAGAUUUGCUUCUUCGGCUUACGUUUGAUAACAUAUGCGGCUUGACCUUCGGGAAAGAUCCGAGGACUUGCGCACCGGGUCUUCCGGUGAACACAUUUGCGGUGGCUUUCGAUCGAGCCACGGAGGCUUCACUACAAAGGUUUAUAUUGCCGGAAAUUUUAUGGAAGUUCAAGAGAUGGCUCCGUCUCGGCUUAGAAGUCAGCUUGACCCGAAGCUUGGUCCAGGUAGAUAAUUAUUUGUCUGAGAUUAUUACGACACGUAAGCAAGAUUUGAUGAGUCAGCACAGUGACGGGAAACAACACGACGACCUCUUGUCGCGUUUCAUCAAGAAGAAGGAAUCUUACUCCGACGAGAUCCUCCAGCGCGUGGCGCUCAACUUCAUCCUAGCUGGACGUGACACGUCAUCAGUCGCGCUGAGCUGGUUUUUCUGGUUGAUCACGCAGCACCCAACCAUAGAGUACAAAAUCCUCCGCGAGAUCUGCACCGUUCUAAUCGAGACACGUGGCGAUGACGUGGCAUCAUGGACGGACGAGCCGUUGUCGUGUGAGGAGCUUGAUCGUUUGGUUUAUCUAAAAGCGGCGUUAUCGGAGACGCUGAGGCUUUACCCAUCGGUACCGGAGGAUUCAAAACGCGCCGUGAAGGACGAUGUGUUGCCGGACGGAACAUUCGUGCCGGCGGGAUCUUCGGUUACGUAUUCGAUCUACUCGGCGGGGAGGAUGAAGUCGACGUGGGGUGAAGAUUGUAUGGAAUUCAAACCGGAGAGGUGGAUCUCGCAAUCGGACGGUGGGAGGUUUAUCAAUCACGAUCCGUUUAAAUUCGUGGCGUUCAACGCUGGCCCUAGGAUCUGUCUCGGUAAGGAUCUGGCUUAUCUGCAAAUGAAAUCGAUAGCGGCGGCGGUUUUGCUCCGGCACCGUCUGACGGUGGUAGCGGGGCAUAAGGUGGAACAGAAGAUGUCGUUAACUCUUUUCAUGAAGUACGGUCUUUUGGUUAAUGUUCACGAACGGGAUUUAACGGGGAUCGCGGCGGAGCUACGAGAGGAAAAGUCAGCUAACGUCGUCAAUGACGACGAAGUCGGUAACGGCGUUUCAAGGUAGGUAGAGUAGGUGAAGCAAUCGCAUCUAUCAUUUACUGUCUGAAUAGAGAGAGUGGCACUCGCCUUUUUGGCGCGUGCUAGAUACGCGGUUACUUUGGCCAAGCUCUCCCACCAAAUGUCGUUGAUUUGAUUGAUUUGGCUGCAUAAUUCAAUAGAGGUAAUUUUGCAAAGUGCGUUUGUUCUGUUCGUUUAUUAUAUUACUCUCUUUUGUUUUCUUUCUAUUUUUCGUAAUUCAGACAGUAACAUUUGAUUUCAUUAUUUUGUAAGCAAACUCUCAAUCUGAUUUAAUAAGAUCUUAUUUUAAUACAACUUUA